AAUACACUUCCCAGAUAGAAGAGAUUCUUAGCACAAGGAGUGGCAUAAGAAUGUUCAGAGUCCAAAGGCAGCAAAUACUUCUCUGUUUCUUUAGAUUUGUAACUUCAACAGAUCGACUCUACCCCAUAGAGUUUGUAUCCGAGAAAUACAGUACCUUGGUUUUUCAGCUGAAUCCUCCAAUGCACCAAGCUAAAAUAUUUGUUUCUGGAACUGACAAUUUACAUACUGUUAAACAGAUGUCCUGCAGAUGUUUGGUCAGUCUACUGAUGAUCUAUACUCUUUCCACUCUUCCAGUAGUAUUGUCAAGGAAUGUGCAUACUACAAGUUAUGGUGGGGUUUGUACAUCACCAUGUGUUCAAAAACGUUCAUCAUAUUACUGGUGCAAGCAAGAAGGUGGAAGCAAUUCAUGGUGGGACUACUGCUCUCCUGAAGCUGGUUAUGAUUACAAUUUCUCUAGGUGUAGAUCAAAAUGUCAGUACAACAAUUCUAAGUAUAAGUGGUGUUGGACAGGGUAUUUGGGAAUGACUUGGGGCUACUGUGGAAAUAUCAUAGAGGAGUUUGAGGAACACUAUACAAGGCAUAAUGUUGCAUGUAAAGGUGAGUGCAGUUUGUUCCGAGGAUACUUUCAAUGCACCGAUACAAAUGGAAAGCAAGAUUAUUGUUCUCCAUCUAGUGAUGUGACUUACAGAGGAGAGCCAUGCAGAAUAAACCACAGAUGUGGAUCUCAUGGUAACAAUUACUAUUGGUGUUACACAGACAAUAACUGGGAUUACUGUGGUAAAAUAAUUAGCAGCUGUGAAGAACAUGAUCCAUUAUUACAAGGCAGAAGGCUAGCAGCUCAAGAAGAAGAAGAAAUAUGCAGAAUAACAGACUCUGGAAAUAGACGGGAGACUAUACUUUCAGCCAUUCCUGUUUCCGAAAAUGCUUUGUGUCGACCUUCACGAGAGGAAUUUAGAGAAGCUUCAAAUCUUAUCGCCAGAAUAAAUGAAAACUUUACUUUUCCUGAAUCUACGCGAACAAUUAUUUUUUCAGCUACUUUGAGACUGGAUUUACAAGGAUCAUUUGUGAUUGCUGGAGUUAGGUAUAAUAAUGUUCAAAUUCAAAUAAAUGGACCCAGGCAAGGCUCCUCAAGCAUUGCUCAGAUACUUCUCCCACAGGAUCUCGAUACUUCUCUCUAUUCAAGAUACAUUAGAAGGGCUCUGUAUACCAGCAUGCGCAGUGCUUACCAUAAACCUCCUGUAAAAGUUGUCAUAACCAUAAAACGGUGGUAGUAGAGUUUUUGAUAAAUGUAAGACAUUACGAUAACCUACUGUAUAUUAUUAUAUGUUGUGUAAACUACUCAAAGUCAUUUUGGUUGUUAAAUAAAUGAGGUCUUAUAUAAUA